UUUCCACUGGAGGUUAUUUUGAGGGGCUCAUGCUGUCAGCUGUUGUCUCGAGUCCUUUUGGACCCUCCUCACUUCUCUUUUUCACUCUGAUAAAAGCGUGGACUGACUGGUUCAUUGUCCUGCUUUUCUAUUCGAACCCGAACGGACACGUGUGGGCAGAUUAUGGAGGGCAGUGACCAGACCUCUGAGAAUGCCAAUGAACAAGUCAAUGGUCCAGAGGAGCAGGCGGUGGACCCCAUGGAGGACUUUAGCAGGCAGCUAGAAGAUAUAAUCAACACGUACGGAGCAGCAUCCAACCUGAUGCAGGAGCAGAUCUCCAUCCUGGAGUCUGAGGAGAAAAAGGAAGAGGAGGCAAACGCUGAUAAAGAGGCUGGCCCACAAGAAGCUGGUGCCAGUCCAGAGAAAGAGCAGACAGCCGAUAAGAAACUCCUCAAGGGCCUGGGUAAAGAGGCCGCAUCCUUAUUGCAAAGCCUGAACAAGCUCGGCUCACCAGAAGAGAAAGUGGAAAUGGUGUUGAAGAAAUACACUGAGCUGGUGGAGGAACACAGGACUGAGAAGAAACAGCUGGAGCAGCUUCAGCAGAGACAGGGUCUUCUGGUCAAGCAGAGAGAUCAGCUUCAGUUCGAGCACAGUCGUGCCAUCCUGGCCCGCAGCAAGCUGGAGAUGCUCUGCAGGGAGCUUCAGAGACAUAACAGGACUCUAAAGGAGGAGAGUCUGCAGAGGCUGCGGGAGGAUGAAAUGAAGCGGAAGGAGAUCUCUGCUCAUUUCCAGAGCACGCUAGUGGACAUUCAGAAUCAGAUCGAGCAGCACAGUAACCGCAACAACAAGCUGUGCCAAGAGAACAGUGAGCUGGCCAGCAAACUCAAGACCAUCAUAGAGCAGUAUGAGAGAAGAGAACAGAGCUUAGAGAAGAUAUUCAAACACAGAGAUCUGCAGCAGAAACUGUCUGAUGCCAAGCUGGAAGAAGCCAACAUGCUACUCAAUCAAGCUGAGGAGAAGCACAAAAGAGAGAAGGAAUAUUUACUCACUCAGGCUGCAGAGUGGAAACUACAGGCUAAAGAGCUGAAAGAGCAGCACACUGUCAUGCAGGCCCAGCUUGUGUUGUACUCCCAGAAGUUCGAUGAGUUCCAGAACACACUAGCAAAAAGCAAUGAAAUCUACAUUACUUUCAAACAGGAGAUGGAGAAGAUGACAAAGAAGAUGAAAAAGCUGGAAAAGGAAUCAAGUAUAUGGAAGACUCGGUUUGAAAGCUGCAAUAAAGCUCUUGUUGAAAUGAUUGAGGAGAGAUCAGAAAAGGCCAAAGAGUUUGAACUCUUCACUUUGAAAAUCGACCGUCUGGAGACUCUGUGCCGAGCACUGCAGGAUGAAAGAAAAAGUUUAUAUGCCAAGAUUAAAGAAAUACGGUCCUCAGAAAAGGUGACUCUAGCACCUGUGGUGGACUUGCCCCAAGUAGAUGAGCUUCCAGAGCUUGUCGAACUUCCAAAGCCAGCUACCAACCCAAUGCUGACUGCAGAAAUGAAGAGGUUGCGAGAGGAGCAGAUCCGUCUGCAGGAGUUUGCAGCUUCCUUGGUAAGCUCCAUAGAUGAUGCUGAAGAGUCUGAUACUGAAGAAGAGAAGGCGGCAGAAAAGUUUCCAGCAGUUCCUGAGGUUCCCAAACCUGAGUCUAACAAACCAGCAGAUAAACCAGAGUCAACACAAGAUAAACCCUCUAACACAGAAGAAAACAAACCAGAGGUUGCUAGAGUAAACGAAGAGAAGCCAUCAGAGCCUGCUAAUUCUGAACCCGCCAAAGCUGAGACAGAAACCAAACUUCCUCAAGAUCCUCUACAACCAGAGAUCACUGAACAACAGACAGGAAAACAGGAGACCGCCAAAGAGGAUGCAAGCCAGAAAGAUGUGACAAAAACAGAAGAGACGAUCAAACAGGAAUCCACUCAGCCAAAGCCUGUCAUGAAAGAUGAAGCUGUUAAACCUGAGCUACCUGAACCAGAGCCACACAAACAAGAGCCCCUCAAAGAGGAGCAGCCAAAGCCUGUCUUGAAGGAAGUUAACAAAGAUGAAGCUAUUAAAUCUGAGCUACCUGAAUCAGAGACGCCCAAACAAGAGCCCCUCAAAGAGGAGCAGCCAAAGCCUGUCUUGAAGGAAGUUAACAAAGAUGAAGCUAUUAAAUCUGAGCUACCUGAAUCAGAGACGCCCAAACAAGAGCCCCCCAAAGAGGAGCAGCCAAAGCCUGUCUUAAAAGAAGAUAGCAAAGAUGAAGCUGUUAUAACUGAGCUACCUGAAUCAGAGACGCCCAAACAAGAACCUCUCAAAGAGGAGCAGCCAAAGCCUGUCUUGAAGAAAAUUACCAAAGAUGAAGCUAUUAAAUCUGAGCUGCCUCAACCAGAGAUGCCCAAACAAGAGCCCCCCAAAGAGGAAAAUGCUGAGAAAGCCACAGCUGCCUCUGAGGAAGCUAGAGCACCGGCGACAAAACCUAAAGCCCCAAAAUCCCAAGAGGCAAAAGCAAAAGCCGGCAAAGUCCAGCCUAAAAAACAAGCUGCGCCCAAGAAGAAAGGUUCUGCAAAGGGCCCUAAUAAAAGCUAAGCCGAAAUGCAUUACCAAAGUUUUUCUUUUUAUUGUUUCUAGAUCAGUUUGUUUGUGUACUUAGUGUACUUGGUUUGUGUACCAAGUCUUGCUGUUGAUGAGUUUAAAGGCCACAUUUGUCAAGUUUUGUCUAGUCAGUGUGUUACUCCUGUCAGCAUCUGUUGGUGUCUGUCCUUGCUUUUUUCUGAACUGAAUGUUGAUUCAGCAUUUAUAAAGUCUUGGUAUGCUUGAGAAAUGAUGUAGGCCUAAUGUUCUUGGUUGGUGUGCAUUGUCUGUGUAGUGUGAAUUGAACUCAUAAGUUAAUACAGACGAUGACAAACUGGUCUUUAUGAACUUUUGAAUAUAAAGAUGAGUUUCUAGCUUCCUGUAAUAAGGACUUUUUUCCACUUGUAAUACUUUCUUCAAUACCUUCAAAUAAAUGUCUGCAUUUGACAAUCCUAUAAAAUGUGACUAUGACUAAUACAAUAUAUAUAAUUUAUUCCUAUUAAUAAGUAAGGGAUUAUCAAUAGGUUGCUGUGCAUCACAAGAUUUUAAAUGUAUGAUGUGGGGGCCUAGAACUAUCUGAUGCAAAGCAUAUUUAGUUUUGUUUUUAGAAAGUUUGUACUAGUUUGCACUAGUUUGAAAACACCCACUUUUGCCUCAUUCUUUUUUUCUUUUUUUUUUACAGUGUGAAGGCAAGGUCGUAUGAAUUUCUGAACAGCUUGUUUUAAAAACUUCCCAGUACAUUAUGACAAGUGCUUUGAACAUUAAAAUCCAAUUUACCAGCUAAUUACUCCGUAUAGAGUUACCAUAAAAACGGAAGGUCAAAGACAGAAAUCUAAAGAUAACUAUCUGUGUGUUUCUCAGACACAUAAGGUCAAUAAAAUCAAUAUCAUAUUUGCAAAUGCGCUCAUACAUGCUUAUGUCCAGGAAAACCAAUCUUGUUUGUUUUCUCUUUUUUUCCCACUCUUUCCUGCUUCAGUUUUCUCACACAGAACAGCCUCCUGGACAUAACCAGUCUGGUUUCAGUGGAAAUUCAACCUUGUCACAGUUGUUGCAGCUUUAAAGACCCUACUCCAAAGAAUUUUCGAAAUUUUCUUUUCUUCAAUACUUAUCUUGUUGGAUCCAUUUGCUGCUUUUGACAUAGUUCACCACAGGAUCCUCCUGUCAAGGGCAUCUCAGGAACCAGACUCCAGUGGCUUGAAUCUUACCUCUCAGAUAGGUCCCUUAAGGUAUUUUGUAGAGGUGAGAAAUCCAAGUCGCAACAUCUAACUACUGGGGUGCCUCAGGGCUGAGUUCUUGGACCACUUCUUUUCCCUGUCUAUAUGGCAUAAUUAGGUUUUUCAUGUCACUGCUAUGCUGACGAUACUCAAAUGUAUCCGACAAUAGCUGCUUGAAUCUUAGAACACACAUCUCUUGCUGGAUGAAGCAUCAUCACCUUUAACUUUUUUUUUGCCAAGACAGAACUGCUUGUGGUUCCAUCAAACUCAUUAUUUCAUCAUAAUUUCAGCAUCCAGUUAGGCACAUCAUCCAUAUAUCCUUCAAAACAGACAGAAACUUUGUAGUUAUGACUGACAACUUUCUGAGACUAUAUUGCUAAAACUACAGAUUUGCUUUAUUCAACAUCAGGAAGAUCAGGCCCUUUCUUUUGGAAAAUGCUUCCCAACUCUUUUUUCAAGCUUUUGUUUUGUCCAGGCUGAACUAUCACUAGAUGGCUGUAUUUUUUCUAUUCUGCUGUUUUCUUUUAUAUUUAUUUCAGAAUUUUAAAAAAACAACUUGUUACGUGCACUGUGUUAGUCUAACUGAGACUUGUCAUAGCACUUGCAUAUCACUGCUCCUUUGUUGAUUUUGAUUGCUUCCAUUGUCCUCUUUUGUAAGUCCAAUUUAAUUUAUUGACUUUUCAGCAUCAUUACAGAUUCAAAAAGGAAGAAAUUACUAAAAAAGAAUACACAGAGUUCUUAUAAAGUCUGUAAUCAUUCAAAAGUCUACACACACAGGGAAUAGGUGAUCUGAGUGUUUUUAGAUAAAAGCAUCUGCAUGCUAAAUGAUUAAAUAUAUGCAAUAGAAAUGUAAA